AUCUCAAAAUCAGCACAAAUUUAAAUGCAUUAAUGUUGUGUCGGUCAGAUAUUUUACCUUGCAACGGAAUAUUAAGGUCUAUAUAUGGAUUGUUAAGUUACGACUUAAAUCAAGCUUACAGUAGUGGUAAAAUAUUUUUACCUCUCCGAUAGUUUUGUAUGUAAAGGUAUUAUAAUCGCCCCGUAGGUAUGUAUUAUGGUUGCCGGUACUGUAUUCUUUUGUAAUAGUUUUUUCGUAAAGGAUGAACUGACGACUUUAACGUGUCGCGUUGUUGGAUUUUUUUUUUUGAGGGAUUGUCGUUUAACCAGGAUAUAUUUACGUUGUUGUUACCAAAAAAUGGAAAUUAACCCAGUUUGUUAUUGAUGUGACAUCAUAAGUUGACUUAAUUUCGUCGGUUUUCUUAAAUGUUUAUGAAAAUACAAAACUAAACAAAUUUUUUAGCUGUUACAAAAAUAUAUUUAGAAUAGUAAAAUAGUGUAACGUAGUGACGAUAUUCGUAGUGGAUUUAGAAGUUAUAGCAAGUGGUGAAUUGGUGUAAUUGCCUGUGAAUAUUUAAAACUUGUGAGGAAUUUAUAUAUUUAUCGUAAAAAGUGGAUUUUUUUAUUACGUACCAGUGUAUAUACAGAUGGACUUUACCUCUAAGCAUUUUUGGUCCAUGAAUAGAACUGGUAACCAUGACUACAGAUGUACUGUUACAAUGGCAACGUAGGAAGUUAGGAAACCCUGACAGCAGAAAUUUACAUAUUCCAUGGAUUGAAUUAAGAUUAUGACAGAAGUUUGAAUCUGAAUAUAAUUAUUGGAGUUUAAAUCUUUUUGGAAUACUUGAAUUUUCGCAAAUCUAUACAUUGGAGUAUAUCAUUCAAGUUAUCAAGUGAUCUUUGUAUAUUAUUUGAUACUAUGGAAUUAAAAUAAUAAUGAUGGCUUCCGCAAAUCCAAAUACAUUCUACGCCAGGCCCGUUUACUUCGGUAAUGAGCAAGAAAGAUUUCGAAAAAUGUCUGCAAACGAUACUGGUCAAAGAAGUUCACUACGACAAAAGCAGACACGAUUUGCAGAUGUGGACAAUUCGUCACCACCCCCUCGCCCGCCCCCACCUAGACCCAACAGAGUUCCUAAACAAAAAGAAAAUGGGGUAUCUUUUCAUUUAAAAAAUGAAAAUGGUAAAAUACUACCAAAACCUAUAGAAAAUGGCUUACCGCUGAGAGAAAAGAAACGUCAGUUACCUCAAACUCCUAGUGAGUUUAAAACCACGGAACCAAAACCUUUAACACGAAUAAAUGUUACUAGUCAUGAUAAACUUUGGCAAAAAGAAACAGAUUAUGAACAGACUGGUCCGAAAGGUGUUUUGUCCCCACCAAUGAAAUACAUUACCCCACAAACAACGGAGGAAAUGUUUCGAAACUUUGACCCUUUGGACUGUAUUGACUCCACAAGUGAUCAUAGUGAUUCCUCAGCAGACACCAUGAUUAUGAUGACAACUGAAGAGGAGAUGAAGAACAAAGAGCGAAUAGAUCAUAGUCUUAAAAAAUUCACUUCAAUAAAAACUAAAACAGAAUGUCUGGACACAAACAAGUCCAAAGCUAGUAUACAAGGAAAGAAAAAUCUUCAUAUACAUUUUGCAGACUCUAAAGGUAUGGAAAGUGAUCUAGCAAACGGUCCUAGAAAUGAAAAAGAGGAAGUUAUUUAUAGUAAAGUUAUACCUCUCCAUAUUCGGACUGAUCAUAAUAAUACCGUAUCUUCACCAGAAAGUGCUGACAGUAAAACAAACAGUAAUCACGGCAGCCCAAAUGACAGCCCUGACGAUGGCUAUGGGACUAAUUCAAGUUCAGGUACAGUUUCUUCUCCGUUUUCAUCAAGCUUCGGUUCAAAUGACUUUGAGAACUCUUAUAAUGGAGGUAAUAAAAAAGUGAUUUUACCAAAUGGUGCAAUAAAACCAAAUUCAGUAAGAGAAAACUGGGCUGUAAAAAGAAAACAGAGAAUGAUUGAGGCAUCAGAUAACACUGUUCAAGAUCAGUUAAGGGAAUUAACUAUAAUCGAGGAAGAAGGGUCAGCAAACUCUCAGAGGGGGGUAAUUGAUAGGGAUAAAAACAGUCAUGGUAUGAACAUUGUUGGACGUAGAAAUUCUAAACCGAGUGAUAAAUCAGUGCUAAGGAAUGGAAACUUACCAAAUUCGUAUGAUUCCCAUACAGGGCAUAAUGCCAAUUCUGAACCACCGUUUAUAAAUGUUUCACCAAAUGACUUAAGAAGGGUGAAUCGGCAGUUAUAUGUGAUGGACAGUGAUAAAAGUGGUAACGUAAGCUCUGAAAGAAGGCGAGAAAGAGUGUUACCACAGACACCGCAAACAAAUGAGAUUAAUACUACUGCCCCUCGUGUACCACCGCAUUAUAAUUCAAAUCAUCAUUUAAUGGGUUCUGUAGGUAGAAACGCUAAUGAUGUUGCCGACAGAACUAAUGAUGAUGUUUUUAUGUCUCAAACUGGAAAUAAUGACAGAUAUCCAGAACAAAGGGGUGGGAACAAUUGGGAGGAGGACAGUGAAAUUAGUGCUACAGACAGUUUAAAUAGCGGACCUUUCGUUCUUCGUGGAGGAAGUGGAGAUCCAAGGUAUCGCACCGCAAGUGGAAGUGGUAAAAUUUAUGUGAGUCCUAGUGGGGAUGAAGGGUUUUAUUCAUUGAACAGGAGCAGUAGAAGUACUAGCUUAUCAAGCUUUCAACCAGUGAAUGAAGUGGUUGAAGGAAAUGAAAAUUUGGCACAGACACUUAAUUCUCCAAAAUCACCACUAGAAGCUUUAAGUGAUGACUUUUUGGAAAAAUGGAGCGAUAUGGACUUAAAUUAUCGCAAUUAUUACGGGUUUGACCAACAGGUAGAAAAAUACAGUAGAACUGAUUCUAAAGUGAACUACUUUCAGGAAAAGAAAAUUAAUACAAUGUAUGGGCAAGACAAUUAUUAUAGACCUCAAAACUAUGGAUCUGAGCCGGCCAUUGCCCAGGGUCAGAAUCCAGGUUCAAGUCAGGGAUCAAACAUUCAGGGAAUAUUGAGAGAUUCAAAAGAGAAAAAUGGCAGUACCACCAAAUCCUCCACUUUGAAGAGUCAAAAAUCAGGGAAAGAAAAGGAAAAAGAAUCAAGUGGAUCUAAGAAUAAGUUCUUACAAAUUUUACCGAAUAUGUUUAAACCAUCAAGUAAGAAGCAUAGUGAAGAUGGUAAGGAAUCUAAAAGUAAUAAGAGCAAACAAAAGAAUGUGAUACCUGUGACGGUUGAACCUACUCCUGUGAUUGAACAAAAAAGUAGUUCCUUUGAAUAUGAACAAGAGGCAGAGUACAUGAAUAUGGGUGAUUUGCCUCAGUAUUGUUUAGCGCAAAUUGAAUAUGAAGAAAAACUGAAGAAAGGACAGUAUGUGUCACUGGAAAGCUUACGAAAAAGGCCAGUAUUUGCAAGUUCUCGGGAUAUAAAAAAGCUUUUUCAAACACAUGAUCAAUCUUUCGAUUCUAUAAAUAGUCCUGGGACGCAGAGACAUAGUUUUCAUGCAAUGCCACUGUCAUAUCGCCAUCAGGUAAAUGAAAACCAGUCUGGCUCGAGUGACAUGCGACCUCGUGCUCAAUCGACCAGCGCAACAAUGCGUAGUCAACAGAUUAAAAACUCAGUUGAAUCGCGUAUGGCAGUAAUUUCGCGUAAAAAUGCAGCUGUGAUGAACGAAGCAAGACAAGUGCCGAAAAAGGAAACAAACACUGAUGGCAACCUUUCUUUUCAUUCAAACUCAUCGAAUCCAAGACAUAGUGGGUCUCGAACUAGACUAGAUAGUGGAAGCAGUGGCGGAGAUUCUAAAUUAUCAACGCUUGUUUAAUAACUUACAUAAUACUUAUAUUGUCAUUAUUUAACUUAACUGUAUUCAUUAUAAUUUUCUUUCUCUGAGCAUGUUUUCACAGUAAAAUAUUUUCAAAUGAAAAAAGUGGAUUUCUGAAAAUUUAAAUAGAAUCUGUUUAUUGAAAUUCAAACAACUGCAAAGUUUUAAAGUCCUUUUUCUAAAAAUAUUUUAGGAAAAGUUUGUUUGAUUUUCUACUUAUAUUUAAUAUGGUUUGUUACUUAUAUGAUAUUCUUUCUUUGUCAGUAUGUCCAAGAUUUGGUUUAACAAAACUAUGUAUCUAAAUGUCAUAUUUUCUUUCAUUUAAUUCUGCUUACCUUACAGAAAAUUUGGAUAUUUCUUAAAUUAUAUGUCAAUAAAUAAGAUUUAUGUGCAUAAAUUUUAGUAACAUACCUUUGACUCAGCUAGUAUUUUCUCCUAUCAAUUUAAUUAAAUGAUUUUUACAAUUUUCUGGGUCACAGGUGUUUAAGCUUUAUUUUGCAAUUCGGUUUUUAGCUACAUUUUGUUGUAGUCAACAUAAUUAUUUACUGGUCUCACAUGGCAUGGAAAUAAUUAUUAGAUUUUAUUCCCUGAUUUACAUAUUAAACAUUAUAAAUUACCAACAAUUAAAGGAACUAUCUAAUCUUGAAAUAUAAUGAUAUCAGACAAUAGCUACAAAAUUAGUGACCAAUUUCUUUUUUAAUGAACUUAAAGGGGCUACACUGAGGUCAAAAUGCCUAAAAAUAUAAAAUUUAAUUUUUUUACAAAGAUCAAGUGAAACAACUGAAGUUAAGAAAUUCGCAAAGGAUGAUAAAGAAUUAUACUAGGAAUAGAAUUGAAAGUUAAAUUCUUUGUGAAAAUUGACAAUGCUUUUCAUUUUUGGAUCCUUUUGCUCAAUAAAAAUUAUCAUUCUAGAAAAAUGGAGUCGGGGAAUGAUCUGAAAAUGUGUACACAAUUUAUUGGAUUAGACCUACGUCGAAUGGUAAACAAAUCUUGUUUCCAGUUCUGUCAUGUGAUAAAAAAAUCAGUGGAGUCCCUUUAAUGCAGACUUAUGGCGGCAAAAUAGUGAUAUACAGUAUUGAGUAAAGUUACUAUUUUUAGUAUAGGGCCAGAUUAACCUGUACCUCUGUGCUGUCUGACCAGAUUCUAUAGUAAGGACAAGUUCAAGGUUAAGCUACAAAAGUUCCACAAUUUUUUUUAUUUAUUUUUUGCUUAAUAUAGUUCACUGUCAGUUAUGCUUUUGAAUUGCUUCAGCAAAAAGAUCAUUUCAAUUGGUAUAAAAUUCAUAUUGACUUACUUUAAUUUACAUUUUGCUACAGAUAUUAUUUCCAGUGUCAUUUAGUAUAUUUUUCUACAGCAUUUUAUCUGUAGAAUAAGAUUGAAAUUGUUGAGAAAAUAAACUCUAACCAACUUUGAACAAGUACCUUUAAUUGGCAAAUAUUAGAAAUUGAUAAAAGUGACAAAGACAUCAUUGGAUCAUGUUAAACAAGACAGAAUUAGGAGGAAACGUUUCAUCAAUUCACAUUAAAAUACCAGUUUUAAUUGCAAUGUUAGACUAAUUAUUGAGAAAUUUAUGCUCAUUAUAAUUUCUAAUUUGAGGUUUCACCUUAUUGUAAAAUGUUUAAUAUUCAAGCCUGUGCCCUUUAAGAAUAACAGAGUUAGUCAGGGCUUUGACCUUAUACUUAUAGAGCUGAAUUUAAUAAUUGUUUUGAAUUCUAAAUGUCAAAAUAAAAUGAGGAAAUAAGCAAAUUUAAUUCUUCACAUGCCAAUGUGGCUCCAGUGUUACAAUGCCAUGAUUUACUGAAAAGCAGCAUGCCUUCAGAUUUUAAAUUUGUGUCUAUUUUAAUUUCUAUGAAAACACAAUACAUGUAUUUGUUAUGAUUAAAAUAUCUUGUCAAACAUGCAUAUUAAGUAACUGAACCUUGUCUUUAUAUAGGCAAUUGUACUAUUAAAAAUUUAUAUAGAUAAGUUAAUAACUUGUUAAGAUCAGUAGACAUUUUUAUUACUCCUUCUAUUAUAAAAUGGGUAGAAUUUUGGAGAUGAAAAUAGUUAAAUUUAUGAAAUAAUAUAUUGAAAGGUUAAACUGAAAUGUGAAUAAUUGAUAUAUUUCUAAAGCUUUGAAUUUGUUUUUUCUUAAUUUAGAAUUUUUUGAAGUUGUAGUUAAGUUUACUUUCCUGGAGGUGUGCUGCUUUAAUGUUUUACUUGUAUCGAAGGGUUACAGUAAUGGCUAUUGAGUUAGUUUCAAAAAAUGUUAAUACAUACUUUUUUAGUUUUGAUGUUUGCUUGGAAAUAACUUAAGUUAAUAGUCUGGAUUACUGUUAUAAAUGAUUUGAUUAUGAUAUGUGGUCCUUGUUUAACCCCAUUUAUUUUAGAACAGGCGAUGUAUGGUCAAGGGAGGUCAGAUUACAGUAAAAACCAAAUAUUUUUUUCUUCUUUUUUUUUUUUUGAGAAAUAGUGAAUAAUUAUAUACUUUCGAUACACAAUUUCCACAUGAUUAACUCGCAAAGUGUUGAUAUUAAAUUGAAGUCGAUUUUAUUUAAUAUUCUGUCAUUAUAAAAACAUCAAAGAAAUAUUUCCUAAUGAAUGUACAAUUAUGAAUCACCGAGCUUCCUUGGGGCAAAUAAAACAAUUAAACAUUCUUUUAUCAAAAUAUGUACAUACAUAUAUCUUUAAUUAAACAAUGAGAAAAAAUGGCAACUGAACAAAAAUUUAUAUCAUUUAAUGAGCAACUAUUUAAGACGUAUCAUUUUUGUUUUGUUUUUUUUUAUUUGAAAAAAUUUGGCUUGUAGCAAUUUCUUUUCCAUAAAGAAAGUUUUGUAUCGAUUCUUUUCUUUUUUUGUUUCUUCUUUAAAGUUUUAAAUAAAUUUGACUGUCUUAAAGAAUUUGUAGAUGUUAAUAUUUUUGCGACAAAAAAUUGUUAAGGUUACUAUUUUUUAACAUAAUUAAGCAACAAAUAGGUUAAUGCCAGGGAAUUAUGGUUAAAUUUAUCAAACUUAAAUAAAAUAUCUAUCUUUGGUUUUCUUUUCGUGCAUUUUUUUAAGAAUUUAUUCUCUUUCGUUUGUUUAACCAUAUCUUACUUAUAUUUAUUGCUGUUUUUGUCUUUUUCAUUUAAUGUAUACAUGCAAAUUUUUGACAUAUUUAUUUAGCAUGUUGACCUCAGGAAUCUAAACAUGUCAUUUGUCAUCAUCAAUCCUUACACGAGGCUAUAAACUCCGUAAUAUAUCAACCUGUAUGAUGAACGGAUCUUUGUACGUACAUUGAUUAUACGCUACUGUGUCGUAAAAAAAUUUAAAAUCCAUCGUUAUACUUUAAUUUGGCAUCAAACAUUUAGUACAUCUAUACCAUCAAAUAUUUAGUACAUCUAUACCAGUAUAAUAUAUAAAUAUAUACAUUUUUUUAAUGUAUGAAAACUGAAACUUUUAAUGAUUUUUCAUUUCAUCGGGAUCGAAUACAUUAAGGUAUUUAAGACCACAUUGCAUUUUAUUGAAAUUUCAACCAGGUGCUUUCUAAAGGAAAAAAAAUAUAGAAAAAUUAUUUGAAAUAUGAGUACACACUGGUAUGAAAAGUAUGUUACAAUAUCAAUUUUGCUAUUGUUAGUAGGAUAUAUGGCAUAUCAUUACAUUGCUGGCAAUUCAAAGAAGCAGAAUUACAAAGUGGAGUAAUGAAUAGGUAGUUGAAUUGAUUCUUCUGUCAUAACUGAAGCUGUAGACAGAUGAUUUAGAUUUCUCACAGUAACUUAGAUUGUUUUCUGUUAGCAUUUACCUUAAAACAAUUGAAGACAAUGUUAUGAGACUGAGAUUCAAAGCAAAUAGUGUAAGCAUUUUCGGUAAAUUCAAACUUUUAAGUUUAGAAUUUGUAAAACAAAAUAACACUUGGCAAUUCAAUCCAAUGCUUAAUUAAUAAGGAAAUUGUUAGUUAAAUGCAGUUUAAGACUCACUGUCCUUUCUUCUUUUGUUUAUUUUCUAAAGAAGACUGGAUUGGGCUGUCAUAAUAAAGAUUUGCCUUUGUUUCUUAAACGUUACAAAACUAAAUUUCUUGUAAUGAACGGACUUGUCCAGCUUUCGAUUUGGAUCCGUUGGUAGUUAAAGCUGCACAUCUCCAAAUGAGCCAAAAUAUUUCAAGAAAUUCAAUCUUUGGAAAAAUGUGUUAAGAUCUUAAGAAAAGUAAAAAGAUUCAAUAUUUAAUUUAUUUGUGCGAUUAAUGUCUGAUUUUGCAGUAUCAAUAGCUAUAAUUCUACUGUGUUACUAAUGCCGGAAGAGGUAUUUAUGUAUAUUUUCACCUUUUUUUUGGUAAUUUAUGUGGAUUGUAAGUGUUGUUUGCAAUGUGUAAAUUACUUUCUUUGUUCACUUCACAAUAUUUUACUUUUAAAUACAUUUUCAAAAUUUUCAUGAAAAUUAGCAUGAAUCUGGAGGCGUGCUGCUUAACAGUGAAGCAUUUUGAUCUGUGCUUUAAACUGUAAGUAGCCAAAUAUAAGGAAGUGGUCAAAUUUCACUAAUUAUAUUGGCUGGCAUAGUGGCGAAGGGAUGUUACCUUCAGUUAUAAUGUACUUAUAAUGUGUGGGGGAACCUUUUAUAGAUACAAGAUCUAAUGUCCCCUUCACAUAGCAUAUGGUGAAUUGCCGAGUUGUUACAAAUAUUUGAGAACAAAUUGUCUAAUAUAGACAUAAAUAUAAGACUAGUGUUGCUUACCAUUUGUAUUUUUAACAGUUCAAAACCUACUCAAGUGUCUCUGUCUGACAGGAAAGUGCAUGCUGGUUUCCGUAUUAGGCACUAUAUUAAACAGGGAACUUUAAAGGUAUUACUUAAAACGCAUCAACCCAAAAAAGGAAAAUAAGUGAAAAGUUUUCGACAGUCAUGUAUAUAAUAAUGUUAAUGCAAUGUGCUUGCUAAUUCUAUCUUGUCAAUAAGCGAGUCAACAAUUUAAAUUAGAGACAAAAAUCCACUUGUUUUCUUGCUGAUGACUAAUUACCUAAACAAGUACUGAUUUAAUUGGACUAAUUAUUCAACCUGUCACACUUUGUAUUGUAAAUGAGUAUGUUUAUUAUACCGGUAAUUGCCAGCAUUGUAAGGAAAUGAGAAAUAAGUAUGGUGUACAAAGAUUAUGAAUCAGUGACCGGCUUCACUGUUUUUUUUAUUCCUCGCGCAUUUUUGUAUGCAAUUAUUCGGCUAAUUAUAAAAUAUUGUUGAGAAAUUAGGAAUUUUAUUAUUGAAGCCAGUAUUGUUUUCAAGUUCUUUGGUGUAUUGUAUUGAUGAAAGCAAAAGUGGACCUUCUGUCGCUUUUGUCACAUUUUUCUCAUUUUACGAAUAACACUUAAAGGCCUUGUUAGUAUUCAAAGUCAUGUGUAUUUUUUUGCAUUUUCGACUAAUUUGUCAUAUUGACAGCACAGUAGAAUGGUCAGUUUUAAGUAGGAUUAUUGUAAAGUUUGCAAAUGAAUCAUGUGCCAAAAAACUCCAAAACAACUGGGGAAAUACUGUAUACAUGUACAUAUGUUGCAAGAGUAUAAUUUAACUGAGCACUGGAAGCAUUCUUGUUUCAUGAUUAAAUAAAAUGUACAGAAUUGUGAAACUUGCUAUAAUUAUUUCAAAGUAUUUCCUUGAUUUUAAAUAGUUAGACAGUACACUUUGGAUUGUUAGUUUUUAAUAUAUACAAUGUAUAAUUAUAUACAUACAACUGUAUAUAUACAUAAAAGAAAUCAUUUGUUUGUAUAUACAUUAAUUAUGACACACCUGUGUUGAUAUUGAAAUAAAACAAUGCAUUUAACAAUUUGACUAAAUUUCAGAUCAUAUGUUUACAUGUACUAAAUGUAAACAUAAGGGGAUUUGAACUUUAGUCAGAUUAUGCAUUUAAAUGACAUAUAUUAGUAUCUGGUCAAAUUAUAUCUGUUAUUUGAUAGUUUAUAGAUAAACAAAACCAUUGCAUUUAGCUUUUUAUAAUGAAAAUCAACUAUGGUCAUAAAGUAUGUUUGUUAAAUAUUUUGUUAUUUUAUUGUAUAAGAAUUCAUUGUUGUACAUAAAACCAUACUUUUAUACUUAAAUGUUCUUUUUAUUUUUAUUUCUCAUUGUUAUUUAUUUUAAGUUCAUUCUUUUGCAAGAGUGUGAACUUUUAUAGACUUCAUGUUAAAUUUUCACAGGUAUUGCAUUAGUACUUGCAUUUUAAUACUUUAUUUAAUACCUGACUACUUUAUAUUAAAUGACAUCUAGUAGAUGUUUUGCUUAUUAAAAAAAGAUAAUCUUUUUUUUCCUGCAAUAUUGACUCUUUAUCUUAUCAAAUUAUUUAUUUC